CGGAGAGAACCCCGUCGUCUCGUCCUGCGUCUCUGUCUCCCCCUCCUGUCCUCAGCACCAGCCUGCCUUUUCCUCUAUUAUUUUCCACUCAGCUUCUCGCAGUUUAAAAUGGCGGCGUUGAGCAGCGCCGAGUCUCCACCGCCCGUCUUCAACGGAGACGCCACGGAGCGGGAGCCGGGAAGGGAGAGCGGCUUGGAGGAGCUGGGCCCAGGUUUGGACUCUUCGUGCUCCUCGGGGAUUCCCGGAGGUCCGCAGGAGGAAGAGAUCUGGAACAUCAAGCAGAUGAUAAAGCUGACACAGGAACACUUAGAGGCUCUACUGGAGAAAUUUGGAGGCGAACACAAUCCUCCCUCCAUAUAUUUGGAGGCAUAUGAAGAGUACACCAGUAAACUGGACGCCCUGCAGCAGAGGGAGCAGCAGCUGCUGGAAGCCAUGGGGAAUGGCACAGAUUUCUCCUGCACCAUUUCCCCUAUGUCAAGCCUGUUGGAGGUCAAGAUGGGAGGUGAUGGAGGUGGAGCUCAGGCCCUUCCCUCAGCCCCCAACUCAUUAGCAGUCCUGCAGACUCCCACUGAUACUGGACGGGCCAAUCCACGCUCCCCCCAGAAGCCUAUUGUCCGUGUGUUCUUGCCAAACAAACAGAGAACGGUGGUCCCAGCCCGCUGUGGGAUGACUGUGAGGGACUCACUGAAGAAAGCUCUGAUGAUGCGGGGACUCAUCCCAGAGUGCUGUGCAGUCUAUAGAAUACAGGAUGGAGAAAAGAAGCCUAUUGGCUGGGACACAGACAUCUCCUGGCUGACUGGAGAGGAGCUCCAUGUGGAAGUGUUGGAAAAUGUGCCACUUACCACACAUAACUUCGUGAGGAAGACCUUCUUCACAUUGGCCUUCUGUGAUUUCUGUAGAAAGCUGCUGUUCCAGGGUUUUCGCUGUCAGACCUGUGGCUACAAGUUCCAUCAGCGCUGCAGCACAGAGGUUCCUCUCAUGUGUGUCAACUACGACCAGCUAGACUUACUGCUUGUAUCAAAGUUCUUUGAGCAUCAUCCAUUCAGCCAGGAGGAGGUCUCCUCAGAGGGAACCACACCCAUCUCUGAACUCUGUCCAUCUCUCCCCCCGUCGGACUCCUCCGGCUCUAUAUACCACACUACAGUGUCCCCAUCCAAGUCCAUCCCCAUUCCAAAUAGUUUUCGAACCAGUGAGGAAGACCACCGCAACCAGUUUGGCCAGCGAGAUCGUUCGUCCUCCGCCCCCAACGUCCAUAUUAACACCAUUGAGCCUGUCAACAUUGAUGAUCUUAUUCGUGAUCAGGGCUUGCAGAGGUCAGAUGGAGGUUCUACCACUGGGUUGUCUGCCACACCUCCAGCAUCUCUUCCUGGCUCACUGACCAAUGUCAAAGCACCACAGAAGUCACCAUGCCAACAAAGGGAACGCAAGUCUUCGUCGUCUUCUGAAGAUCGCAAUAAAAUGAAAACAUUGGGCAGAAGAGACUCCAGUGAUGACUGGGAGAUUCCAGAAGGUCAGAUCACCCUGGGUCAGAGGAUAGGCUCUGGAUCCUUUGGAACUGUUUUUAAAGGAAAAUGGCAUGGUGAUGUGGCUGUGAAAAUGUUGAAUGUCACUGCUCCCACUCCACAGCAGCUUCAGGCCUUCAAGAAUGAAGUGGGCGUCCUCAGAAAAACUCGUCACGUGAAUAUCCUGCUGUUCAUGGGUUACACAACCAAGCCCCAGCUGGCCAUUGUGACCCAGUGGUGUGAAGGUUCCAGUCUGUACCACCAUCUGCACAUCAUUGAAACUAAAUUUGAGAUGAUCAAGCUGAUCGACAUCGCCCGGCAGACUGCUCAGGGCAUGGAUUACCUACAUGCCAAGUCCAUUAUUCACAGAGACCUGAAGAGCAACAAUAUUUUCCUGCAUGAGGAUCUGACUGUGAAGAUUGGUGACUUUGGUCUAGCCACAGUCAAAUCUCGUUGGAGUGGCUCCCACCAGUUUGAGCAACUGUCUGGUUCAAUACUUUGGAUGGCUCCAGAGGUGAUCAGGUUGCAGGACAAGAAUCCCUACAGCUUCCAGUCAGAUGUGUAUGCUUUUGGCAUUGUGCUCUAUGAGCUCAUGUCAGGAGCUCUGCCCUAUUCCAACAUUAACAACAGAGACCAGAUUAUCUUCAUGGUGGGUCGAGGUUACCUUUCUCCAGACCUGAGCAAGGUCCGCAGCAACUGUCCUAAGGCCAUGAAGAGACUGAUGGCAGAUUGCUUGAAGAAAAAGAGAGAAGAGCGACCCCUCUUCCCCCAGAUUUUGGCAUCCAUUGAACUGCUGGCUCGUUCAUUACCCAAAAUCCACCGCAGCGCCUCUGAACCUUCCUUAAAUCGAGCAGGCUUUCAGACGGAAGACUUCAGCCUGUACUCCUGCGCCUCACCUAAAACUCCCAUUCAAGCUGGAGGUUAUGGGGAGUUUUCUGCAUUCAAGUAAUUACAGCCAGCACAAUAGUCCAUCUCUCAUCACCUCUCAAAUGUCUUGUGUUCUUGCAAUGGAUUCAUCCAUUCCUGGAAAAUAAUAAUAAUUUUUAAAAAACAGUCUUGAAGAAUGUGCAGUUUUCUUCCUUGGCCUGCCUGUCACUCAAAGUCCUUUCACAACAAAAACGAAGGACAGAUAAGGGAUUGAAGAAAGUUUUUGAAGAAAAACAAGAUGCAAGAUUUUUGGACAAAAUUGGUUUUAGAUGAAAAGCCGUGAACUCCAUAGAUCGGUUUGUAUCUUUGGAACAUAGCUGGAAUUUUCAUUCCAGCUUUGCUUCUGAACUGCAAAGCUGGAACUGAACUGCUUUUUGAUGGACAGCAGAGCCGUGCCAGAUGAAGAGGCCUCUCGUCUGUCAUUAGUCCCCUGAAUGAAGCCGGCGUUUUUCUUGAACAUAAACAUUGUUUUUCACUUCUCACCCUUUCAUACUGUCGCUACCUUUUGCUUAGAGCACCGCCCAUCCGAAAAGCCAUUUUAGAGGAAAGGUUCCUUUCAAUUGUGCUGCAGGCUGUCUUGUGUUUCUUUGACUCUUCGUGAUCUUAAUUCUGCAACAGAAAAAACAGUUUUUCCCUCAUGUUUGGACUAUGCCAGUGAUGAGGAACAGAAACUCAAAUCUACAGUUUUUGUUAUUUUGAAAGAAUUUCCGAAUCCUCUGUUAACUUGCUGGUCAGAUCUGAUUUUCUAACAGCAGAUUCUAUUGGUUAAAGUUCUUUAUAUUGGCAAAUUUCCUUCUACCUUUUAUCCAACUUUGGGAUUAUCUAGCCACAUUUCCCUAAAGCAGUCUGGAGCCCUCCAACUAACUGAACCAUUCAUCGGUUCUGGAUGAGACAUCUUUGAAGUAUCUAAACUGCAGAAGCUCCUCCACACUGUCCCUGUAUUCAAAAUUCAAACUGUCCACUCAUUCGUUCUAGAUGGCUCCUGCUUACUCUGAAUCAGAAGAUUUGUAAGAUUGAUAGAGGGAAUAAAAAUGCAGAAAAAUUAAAAUGCUUUGUUAAGUUUUAACAGUACACCAAAUAAUAGUAUCCCAAAAUAAAAGCGGGAGGAUUGAUGUAGUGAGUGAAUGAAUGAACACUCUGAAUGCAAGUCCCAUGUACAGCACUGAUGGCCUCUUUGGGCUUCCAGAUUGUUUCACCAUCUCUUCCUUCCUCUACUGAGCGAAAAAGUUGCGCACUCUUUAAAUUUUGGACGCAGCUUUUUGCUGCUUAUGAAUGAUGGCCUAGAUAAUAAUCCAGAUCUCUAACCAGUUUUUUUAUUUUCUCUAAACAAUGCUCCAUCAUUCAUUUCAUUGUUUGUUGAAUGAUUAAGGUGUUAAUAUUGGUCCCUUAAAUUUAGUUUUUAUUGUUUGCCUUCGACCAUACAGGCAGGCCUGCAGAUUUUGACAUAUUUAUAAGAUUCUUUUUUUUCUUCUUUUUUUUUUUGAUAGCUUUAUGCUCACAAUAGUUCAGUCUUUCUUUUAAUGCUCGUUUUAGUCAUUGUGACCUGUGUACUUGCACUUUGUAGAGAGCAACUAAGCAAUUGGCCUUUUUUUUUCCUCUCACCUGAAGAAUGAGUUACAAUCGGAAAAGCAGAUGAAUCUUGAUUUAAGUGCCAUUUAGUCAUCCACAGAAGCUGGACAGUGAAUAUUCAGUUGUACACACUCAGAAAUGGUGUUUCAAAAAGUGAAGUCCAAUAUAGCACAAAAAGCUUUCAACCUUGAUUUUGAACCAUCUUACCCUGACCUGUUAUUUGCACUUCUUUUCUUUUUUUACUUUCCUCUGAGGUUUGGUUCUCGUUCCCUCAGCAAAUGUUUAUAGUUUUUCUGUCUGAAUUGGGAUAGACUCCAUUAAGCCACCACAGGACUAUAAAACAUCUAUAGGAUUAAUGCUAUAUGCUAUUGUCUGCGCAAUGCUGCUAUCGUCCAUUGCAAACUACCCAGCAGACUCCAGAACUGUGACUGUGGCAUUAGAUUAAAGUGGCAUUCAGGACCAAAUGAUGUUCUGUUGAAAGACAAAACUGUAGACAGUUUGGGCAGGGCCUUAGACUGUUUACAUAKUUGUUAGUGUUGCCGAGUUAAACCAUCAUAAGUAAAACGGACAAAAGAGGGAAGACUUUCAGCAAUUAUUGUUACUUCCUAAUAUGAAGCAGGGUGUUUCAGGUAACUGUUAUUGGAUGAAUGUCUUUGCGUUCAUCCAUGCACAUCAGAAUAGCAUUACUUGUCAAAACCAGAACAGUAAUUACUUUCCACUGAAUGCUGCCAGAAUUUGAUUAUUUUCAAUAAUAGUUUUUGUCACACAUAGUCAUUUGCUACUACAGGAAAUACAGGCAGACUUGGUUUACAGUAGAACAUAUUUAAUUUAGAGGGUAGGGUGUCAGUUUGUAAGAUCUCCAAGCUACUGAUUCUCAUUCAAGUAUUGAUUUCUUCCUACAGUAUAGAGACUGUUACUGCUGUCAUAUUGGCUGGUUAUUGUCUGAGUGUAGUUUGACUUUGUUACUUCUCAGAUACUUCAGUCAGCAUUUAUGCCUCAUUUUUCCGACCAAGCUUUUCUAUAAGUUCAAGUGUUCUAAGACUGAAGGUAUGGUAUUUAAAUAACUGCAACUGCAACAACCAAUCACCAAUUGAAUUCAAAACAUCUGCUUUUUUAUCACUUUUCAUUACCGUCCCUCUUUUGCAGUCAAAGUGAAGUCAAAUAAGUGAAUAUAGCUUUCUGUACCAUGGAGCAGCUAAUCUCUGAAACAAGUACGUUGAGCUUAGUCGAGAUAGAUACAAACAUCCAAUCAGAACAGUCUAAACAAAAAGAUGCAUCACAUCUUCUACACACUUCACAAACAGAAGUGUGUAUGUGUUUUGCUCUUUACCUCGUAAAGUGUUGUUUGACCCAACACUUUACGAAGAUCAUGACUGAGGUAAAACUAGUUAGGACGCCUCCCUGGUGAGGUGUUCCGGGCACGUUCCACCGGGAGAAGGCUCAGAGGAAGACUCAGGAAACGCUGGAGGGACUAUGUUUGUCAGCUGGUCUGGGUACACCUUAGGAUUCCCCCGGAGGAGAUGGCCCAAGUGAAACCUGAGGCCUCCCUACUUAGGCUGAUACCCUUGUGACCCGACUAGAUAAGUGAAAGAAAAUUAAUUAAUGGAUAAUGGAUACAUCAUUAGUUAUCUGUUAGCAAAGAUUGAGUUUUAUCACCUGGACAACCUACUCUGACCCACCCAUGACUUUCAGUUUGGUCUUUUCCAUAUCUUGUGUUCUUUUUCUUAAAGAACUCCCGACUGUCCUCCUAACUUGUACCUUUAAUUAAUUUCAAGUGUGACCUUUACAGCAUAUUUUUCACAUGUAAAUAGUUGUAAAAAAAUAUAUACUGUCAGUUUGCUAGAAGGCAUGGAGAAUUUAAAUGCAACAAAUUCAUUGAUGCUCAAAACUAAGACAUUUUGAUGAGAUAUUAGUGUAAAAAUAUUUAAAGCUGUAAAUAUAGGAAGAAGGCUUUAUGUAUUGGUUGUGAAUAUGAAAAACUGAUAUAUUAAAGAUGUGCAUGAAAGUAAAACUUGA